CCACAGCUAAUGAGGUAGUUGUCUUGAGGUACAAAUGAAUCCUUUGGCGAUGCAAUUGCAUGGGUGCUGGCGAUACUAGUGAUUGCAAGGAUGGAAAGGAUGAUAAACAUCGGCACUCUCUUCCACUCAAGCAUGCUUCUGUUGCUUCUGGCCAUCUUUGUUGAUGUUGGCAUCAGAUGCAUUAGCAUGUAGCAAACACUUUGUGGUGGCUUCUCAUGGGGGAGGAACGUGGUCUUUGGAUUGAAGGAGAGGGAAAGGAUUCAGGGAUGAAUGAGGUCUUUGGUUGGCUUUUGGAGGGAAUGGACUGAUUGAUUACUGAGAUAUAUGGUAUUGGUUGAGGGCACGUCCAGAUUAACUGCAAUAUUCUUUUCGAAGCUCAUGUACAGAUGGCAUGUGGAUGUUUAAAUGUGCUUUGAAAAGGGAGCCUACAGGCCAUUAGCUGCAAUAUACUCAGGCUGGAAUAAUUCAAGUAGAGCUGUCUAGGAGAACUAAUCAAUCUAAUCACCAGUUGGUUCUUGGCUGUUACCCCCAGCUAAUGGCUUAAAUAAUCACAACUCAAAUUGAUGCUUUGGAAAACGAGUAAUCACAAACUUAAGCUUCCUGUGGAAUGCCUCGAAUGGGUGCACCUUGUGACCUUGGUCCAAAAUAAUGUCCAAUUUCGUAUCGGACAGCUGCAGCUGUAGAUCACCUCAGCCUGCAGGAGCAUCUUGCAGUAAGGAUGCUGCAAAGCACAAUUUGCCUUCUAUGGUGAUUGGUGAACAGGCCUUUGGAGUUAACAAAGCUUGCAAAUCACCAACCUGCAUAUGCGAGUCAGUGAUGACGAGCGCAAAGCCUCAGGCGAACAGGUAGUAGGAGCUACGGAGCAAUGACCAAAAAGACCCGUGCUCUGAUCUGGCCAAGAUUUGACUAUGCACUCAUCUUGCCCUUCCAAAACCCCUCAAAAGCGGAGGCGUGUUCAAGUGUGUAUGAAUCUGAACACAGAGAAACAGAGUUCAGAGACACUGAGCUGCGGCAGAAGGCUACAAGGCGCGAAACUUCUUUGACCGGAACAGAGAGCCCGGACUGUGCCGGUGCCUGGUACCAGUGAUCAUGGUGAAGGAAGAGGAGAUCGUCGCAGAGGCAGGAGGGCGAGGCUACAUGGACUUGCUUGGUCUCGGGGAAGAGGACUACUUGCUGUGCCUGUCCCCUUCCUCCUACUUCUCUUCCAGUGUCGUCUCCACCACGACCACCAGUGCCACUCCUGCUGCGGCGUCGUCUCCUACCUGCGCCUCCUACCUGGACCUGGCUCCCGCUUAUCACCACAUGCUGAGCUUCGCCGGCCAAGAGCAGUACCAUGGUAGUGAUGGCGUCUUUGGCUUCCAGUACCACGGCGGUGAUCAGGCAGGAAUUCCGGUGGCUGUUCCGCAGAAGUCCAGCCCAACCACCGAGUGCUCCUCCUCCAUCUCCUCCAUGUCGUCCUCGCCGCCUGCAACAACAAUCUCGGCCAUCUCCAGCCCAAAGCCACAGGCUUUCAAGAAGAAGGGGUCAAGAAUCAGUGAUCAAAGAAAGGCUGCGCCUGCUGCUGUUGCUACUACUGCUGCUGCUACGAACAAGAGGCCCAGGGUGCGGAGGGAGAAGCUCGGGGAGAGGAUCAUAGCUCUGCAGCAGCUGGUUUCUCCAUUCGGAAAGUCUGAUACGGCUUCCGUUCUGCACGAGGCGCUGGGAUACAUACGCUUCCUGCACGACCAGGUUCAGGCCCUGAGCUCGCCGUACAUGCAGCGCCUGCCGGUCUCGGCGCACGCCCCGGCGCAGGAGGGCGCGGCCGGGACGGUGGUGGAGCCGCCGCGGGCGAGCGACCUGAGGAGCCGGGGGCUGUGCCUGGUGCCCAUCUCGUGCACGGAGCACGUCGCCGGCGGCGGGCACGGCCACGGCAACGGCGCCGACCUCUGGUCCGUGGCGGCGGGGGCGGCGAAGGCGGCCGCGGAGAACAAGGGGGCGGCGGCGGCGGCUGCCGGAACGCUGCCCGGCGCUGGUGGCCACCCCGGUUACCUGGCCUAGCUGACCGUGACAGACUUGCUUUACAGAUUAUGUGCGGGGUUAAGGCUGUAAUCAGGCUCUUUUGGAGGGGAUUCAUUAAUCAGCUCCCGUACUCCCAUCACCUUUUGCUAAAAGUAAAACUUUUGGGAGGUGUCUGCUGCUGCUUUUGCUGGAAAAGGGCGCAGGGAUCCAUAUGAACCCUAUUUCCACAGAUGCCACAGCGCAGCAGGCUGGGGUUCAAGUGUGUAUUUUUUGGAGGGGUUUUCUUUUAGCUUCUUCAUUAGUACUAAGCUUAGAACUACGCUAUGCUCUAGUACUGAGCGUCUGAGCUUAGUAGAGAGGAGACAGCGAUGUGACGAUGCCGAGAUCUUGGGCACGAAUGUCUCCGUGGUGUCACGCCUCACGACAGGCUCUGAAUGGAUGUUGCUGCCGCCGAUGAUGCUUGCUUGGGAGCAGUGCGGUGACGGCUUCGGUAUUUGUUCCUUGCAUGGGGGAUAUCCGGUUUCAUCUGUGCUCGAUCUUGGUAAUCGGUUUGCCGUCCUUGGAAGUUGGAACCGCACGGUGUUUAAUCUACUGUAUUACCUCUGCCA